CAGAACUUCCUGCUAUAGAACCUGAGAACAUGGCCAAACCAGCACAGGGUGCCAGGUACAGGGGCUCCAUCCGGGACUUCCCAGACUUCGACCCCAACCAGGAUGCUGAGGCUCUGUACACUGCCAUGAAGGGCUUCGGCAGUGACAAGGAGGCCAUCCUGGAGCUGAUCACCUCCAGGAGCAACCGGCAGAGGCAGGAGAUCUCCCAGAGCUACAAGUCCCUCUACGGCAAGGACCUCAUCGCCGCCCUGAAGUAUGAGCUGACCGGGAAGUUCGAACGACUCAUCGUGGGCCUGAUGAGACCACUCGCCUACUGCGACGCCAAAGAAAUUAAAGACGCCAUCGCGGGCGUUGGUACUGAUGAGAAGUGCCUCAUUGAGAUCUUGGCCUCCCGCACCAACGAGCAGAUCCACCAGCUGGUGGAAGCAUACAAAGAAGCCUAUGAGCGGGACCUGGAAGCUGACAUCCUUGGUGACACCUCAGGCCACUUCCAGAAGAUGCUCGUGGUCCUGCUGCAGGGUACCAGGGAGAAUGACGAUGUCGUGAGCGAGGACUUGGUGCAGCAGGAUGUCCAGGACCUGUACCAGGCAGGGGAACUGAAAUGGGGAACAGACGAGGCCCAAUUCAUUUACAUCUUGGGAAAUCGCAGCAAACAGCAUCUUCGGUUGGUGUUUGACGAGUACCUGAAGACCACCGGGAAGCCCAUCGAAGCCAGCAUCAGAGGGGAGCUGUCUGGGGACUUUGAGAAGCUAAUGCUGGCUGUGGUGAAAUGUAUCCGGAGCACCCCCGAGUAUUUUGCCGAAAGACUCUUUAAGGCCAUGAAGGGCCUGGGGACCCGGGACAACACCCUGAUCCGCAUCAUGGUCUCCCGGAGUGAGCUGGACAUGCUGGACAUCCGGGAGAUCUUCCGGACCAAGUACGAGAAGUCCCUGUACAGCAUGAUCAAGAACGACACCUCCGGGGACUACAAGAAGACUCUGCUGAAGCUGUGUGGGGGAGACGAUGAUGCUGCUGGCCAGUUCUUCCCGGAGGCAGCGCAGGUGGCCUAUCAGAUGUGGGAGCUUAGUGCAGUGGCCCGAGUAGAGCUGAAGGGAACUGUGCGCCCGGCUGUUGCUUUCAACCCUGAUGAGGAUGCCAAAGCCCUUCGGAAGGCCAUGAAGGGGAUUGGGACUGACGAGGGCACCAUCAUCGACAUUGUCACGCACCGCAGCAACGCCCAGCGGCAGCAGAUCCGCCAGACCUUCAAGUCUCACUUUGGCCGGGACCUAAUGGCCGACCUGAAGUCUGAGAUCUCUGGAGACCUGGCGAGGCUGAUUCUGGGGCUCAUGAUGACACCUGCCCACUACGAUGCCAAGCAGCUGAAGAAGGCCAUGGAGGGUGCCGGCACCGAUGAAAAGGCGCUCAUCGAAAUCCUGGCCACUCGGACCAAUGAGGAGAUCCAGGCCAUCAAUAAAGCCUAUAAGGAGGACUAUCACAAGUCCCUGGAAGAUGCUCUGAGCUCAGACACGUCCGGCCACUUCAAGAGGAUCCUCGUUUCUCUGGCCACGGGAAACCGUGAGGAAGGAGGAGAAGACCGGGACCAGGCCCAGGAAGAUGUCCAGGUGGCUGCUGAGAUCUUGGAAAUCGCAGACACGUCCAGUGGGGACAAAGCUUCCCUGGAGACGCGCUUCAUGACCAUCUUGUGCACCCGCAGCUACCCGCACCUGCGGAGAGUCUUCCAGGAGUUCAUCAAGAAGACCAACUACGACGUGGAGCACACCAUCAAGAAGGAGAUGUCCGGGGACGUGCGGGACGCCUUCGUGGCCAUUGUUCAAAGUGUCAAGAACAAGCCUCUCUUCUUUGCCGACAAACUCUACAAAUCCAUGAAGGGUGCUGGCACGGAUGAGAAGACCCUCACCAGGAUCAUGGUCUCCCGGAGUGAGGUUGACCUGCUUAACAUCCGGCGGGAGUUCAUUGAGAAAUAUGACAAGUCUCUGCACCAAGCCAUUGAGGGUGACACCUCUGGAGACUUCAUGAAGGCCUUACUAGCUCUCUGUGGCGGCGAAGACUAACACUUCCACUUGGGUGGCACCUCUGCCAGCAACUCCUCUGCCAGCAACUCCUGCCACCGUGACCAAGGCUGAUUGCUCAAGUUCUGGAAGGGGCGGGGUUAGGGGAGGGGGCCGGGGGUGGGCUCUCUUCUCUUCAACUGGGACUUCAGAAAGGCUCCCCCCAUCCCACUCCCACCCCCGGGGCCUCAAAGGCCCAUCGCAGUUGGUCACUUCUGCUGGGUGUUGUGUCUGGGUGGCCAAAGAUCUGUAGCCCCGAUGCUGUCCACCUCUGCGCCCUGUCUGCCUCCUGGGCCUUUCCCCAGAUCCCACCCCUCACCACAAGUCUCCCCUGGUUCUGUCAAAUCCCCAAACAGUACUGAGCCUUUCUGUGUAA